ACGGCAGUAUAUAGCAGUGUGACCUAAAUUAAAACACAGUCGCAAUUUCAACAAUGCAAGUGAGACUAUCUAAACAGGACUUGUUAAAGAAAAUAACAGAAGAACAUGAGUUUGACGACUUUGUGGUCACGGAAAGGGACGGCAAUGGGUCUAGCAUUAUGUCUUCUCUCUCCUACGUGACAUUUCGUGCAAAAGGGAAGACCGACAUGAAGCUUUUCGCAAAAACAGCCGCGUGGAUCGAAAAAUUACGACUGAAUAGCCCUAUCAUUCCUUGUCCAUUUACUAUCGAGCUGUACUUCUACAAGACAUUAUGGAAGCAAUAUGAGAAGCUAGAAGAUAUGUGGAACGUUCCAAUGGAGCAUAGAUUCCGUAAGCCAACGCUUUAUGGCAGCAGCGUCGAAUAUUUGAACGAAACUCUGGUAAUACAGGACUUGAUUGCUCAAGGUUAUGAGGAAUAUGAAAGACAAACACCUGCGGAUUUCGAGUACAUGUCUGCGGGGAUUGCAUUGAUUGCGCAGUUUCAUGCUCUUUCGCUAGCUUACUCCCAGUAUGAUCCAGAGGGAUUUAAACAAGCCAACGAAUAUUUAACGUUGGACGAAUCUAAACUAGUUAUUUGGAUUGGAAGCAUGUCGUCUAAACUGCUGGCCAAUGCGUUCUCCUCAGCAGAAAAACAUAGGGACAAACUUGAAAAGUACUUUAAAACACCGAAGAGUCUUCUUCAACUUAUCAUGGAUUGUUACCGAAGAGGUAACGACAAAGUAUUGAUUCACGGGGAUUUCAAGCCAAGCAACUUAAUGCAAAGACGUAGAAAUGGGAAGCUAGAGUUAUGUGUCGUUGACUUUCAGAAUGUGCACGAUGCAGAUGCUGUGGCCGAUAUUAUGUACUUCAUUUUUACUGCCACCGACGAAUCAUUCCGCCGUGUCCACUACCAUGAAUUACUGGAUCUGUACUAUGAGAAGCUGAAGGCAUCCUUGCUUAGACUACGCGUCGAUCCAGAGCAGGUAUACCCGGAGAAUAAGUACAGAUCGCGCCUGGAAAAAUGUGCAAUGUUGGGGUUAGCUAUAGGCGUGGCGUGUUUGCCUGUGGUGUUGGUGGAUAAAGAAAAUGCCCCGGCUUUUGAUAAGGACUCAGAUGCAACCGCGGUUGCGGUGGAGGGUAGCGCGCUUUUUCAAGAGCGUUUUAAUGGUAUACUUAAUAACUACGUGGAGUGGGGACUGCUGUGAGGCGCCGACUUAAGGGAGGAACUGAUUUAUUUUAUUAUUAACAAGACAGUCCGCGCAGACCAAUGUUGCAAGGCCAACGUGGGUUCGGACUCCCUCAUAAUGUAAAUUUAAUGUUAUUAAUAUACCUUCAUGUAUCCUUUGUUAUCUAAGUUGCAUAUUUUUAUGUAGGUACUUUUACAUUUAUUUAAUAAUUAAUUAUAAGUUUAUUUUUCUUAGUUUUAUAUUUCUUCUUUAUUUGCUGAUUAUUUUUGUUAACUGCAGUGAUUUAUAACCUGAUGGUCUCAUCGGAAGAUUAGCGAUGGUAGUCGUCAACAUCACAUAAUAUGAGACCAUUUCGUGGCACGUUUUCGUUUCUGUUUUCUUUUUUGUAUAAUUUUCUAUUCUGUGUUUGUGUUUACGAAUAAAGUAUUUCUAUUCCGUGAAUUCCGUCUGAUCGA